AUGGCUCGGGUCGCGCGAUCCCUGGCGGCGGUACUGCUCGCGCCCCGGACGCACCCCCGACUCGGCGCGCGCGUCCCCCGGUCGCGCGAUGAACGGUCGUGCGCGAGGCUCGUAUCCACCUCGUCGUUGUCCGCUGUAAACCCGGACGAUGACGACGACGACGUACGAUCCGCGGACGUCGCCGUGCCCGUGCUCAUCGUCGGCGCCGGACCGGUGGGGCUGACCCUCUCAGCGCUGCUGUCGCGGUUCGGCGUGGACCACCUGGUGUGCGAACGACGCGCGAGGCCGAGCACGCACCCGCAGGCGCACUUCGUCAACAACCGGACGAUGGAGAUCUUCCGACCAGUGCUGGGGCUGGGCGCGUCCAUCGCGCGGUCGCAGCCGCCUUUGGAGCACUGGCGGCGGUUCGUGUACUGCACGGGGAUGGCGCGCGGCGUGGAGCUCGGCCGCGUGGACCACUUCGACGACGGCACCCACGACGGCACCCACCACGACGACGACGACGAUCGACAUCAUCGAGAAGUGAGCCCGGCGUCGGUGGCGCACUUUGGGCAACACAGGCUCGUCCCCGAGCUGCUCCAACGCGCGUACGCGCUUCACCCGAGAGGACGUGACGGGUUCAUCACCGGCGCUACUCUCACCGACGUCGUGACCCGUUCCCCAACCGCGUCGGAGGGGGCGUCGGAGGGGGGGGCGGGAAAGGGACGGGUGACGGCGCGCCUGGCUCUCGCGGGAUUCAACCGAGCCGACGACCCAAACGACUCGACGCUAUCGGUCGACGCCGACGUCCUCGUCGCCGCGGAUGGCGCCAACUCGCGCGUCCGCGACUCGUCGCUGGUGCGAAUGACGGGUACACCCGCGAUGCAGCACCUGGUGAACGUGCACUUCACGUCCCAAACGCUCGCGUCUCAGCUGGUAAGUGACGAUCGAGCCGCCAUGCUGUACUUUGUCUUCAACCCCGACGUCGUCGCCGUCGUCGUGGCGCACGACUUGAGAAACGGCGAAUUCGUCGCGCAGAUUCCCUUCUUUCCCCCGCACCAGAGCCUGGAACGCGACUUUUCGCGUCGACAGUGCGCGGCGCUCCUCGAAGCCGCCGCGAACGGGGGAACGAACGGGGGGAACGAGUGCGCGUUGGACGACUUGGAGGUGCGGAGCGUUCGCGCGUGGACGAUGUCCGCGGAGGUGGCGGAUCGGUUCGUGACGGGAAAUUCUCGGGUCGUGCUGUGCGGGGACGCCGCGCACAGGUUCCCGCCCGCGGGGGGGUUCGGCAUGAACACGGGGAUCCAGGACGCGCACGCGCUGGCGUGGAGAAUCGCCACGUGGCGCGCCGUCGAAGCCGCGACGACUCGACCGGAGACUUUCGUUCACGGCGAAGAGUCUUCGAGAGCCCGACUCGACUCGUCGGACCCCGACGUCGUUCGCGCGCGCCUCAUGUCGUCGUACGAGCGCGAGCGUCGACCCGUGGCGGUUGGUAACACGCGCCUGAGCGUCGCCAACUUCGACCAGGUCCUCGAGGUACCCGCGGCGCUGGGUUUACCCCGCGCCGCCGCGAGCGUCCUCGUCGACGCGGUUCCGUUGUGGCUUCCGGAGAGCAUCCGGAGAGACGUCGUCCGCGCGGGUUUGGCGGUUGGGAGGGCGCAGUGCGGCAGCCUGCUCGUCGGCGAUAACCCCGUGGGGAACGCGCGCAGGGCGGCGGUCGCGGAGAUGUGCAACAAUCAAUCGAAGGGCGGCGCCGGGGGCGGUACCGACGGGGGCACGCUUCGGUUGCAGUUCCCGGCGGAGGAUUUAGGUUUCGGAUACGACGAAGGCGCGAAGGGUCCGCGGACGCCGCCGCGGUGGACGAAAGACGCGGGGGUGGCCGGCGCCGCCGCGCCGACGCACCCGCCCAACGCGCUCGUCGUCGGCGCGAGGGUUCCCCACGCGUGGCUCACCGUGCUCGAGUCGUCGGGGGACCCCGCGAAAAUCUGCGGCGUGGUGUCGACGCUGGACGUGAGCGAGCCGGGCGUGUGGGACGGUCCCGACGGCGACGGGCGCGUCGCUCGAAAGGGCCCGAGGCCGGGCGAGGGCGACGUGCGCGGCACGAAGGGAAAGAGCGGCGGACGUCACGUGGUGUUCUCGCUCAUCGCCGGGGAUUGGGACGGGGGAAAGGGCGCGGCGGAGCUUGCGUCGACGCUGCGAGCCGCCGCGCCCGCCGGCGUCGCCGUUCGCGUCUGCGUCGUGUCGUCGUCUUUGUCCGACGUGUCAUCAAUUGAUGACGUGUCAUCCGACGAGUGGACGAUGCGUGCGGUGGACGGGGACGGACGUUGGCGCGCGGCGCUCGUCGACGCGGGCGCGGACGUUGCGACCGCCGCGGUGCUGGUCCGACCGGAUGCGCACGUCGCGUGGGUGGGGAGUUUGGAAUUUGGGAACCGCCGACUCGACGCGGGUUAUGGGUCAGCGACGGGGCGCGCGGGGCUGGGCGGGGCGGGCGGGGACGAACGCGGCGGGUGCGUGGACGCGAUGCGACGCUGCCUCGGCCUCGUCGGGUGA